UGCUGUCAAGUUAAUUGUCAAAUUGUCAUUGUCAAGCAAACGUAAAACAUCGUGUGUUGUGUCGAUACGAUGCACAAAUUGAAUAAUAAAUCAACAUCGCCUAUUAUGAAAACGUGACCAAUUUCUAAUUGAUUCCUCAAAUGGAUAAUUUGAGAGUCGUAAUUUGCACCAAAGAAUAGUGGAAACCAAUUAAAUAUUACCAAUAUUAUAAGCGGUAAAAAUGUCGAAGAAUGGCGAAGUGUCACCAAAUCAAGGUCCAAGUAGGCCCACUCCGCCAAAACCUGACCUAAAUUUAUUUAGUUCAGAGAAGCGAAAGAUUUUGGAGUUGCCGUUGGGGAAUACGUCUGACAGUGUGGCUUUUAUACCAUUCUCGUCUAGCACUUCGUCAGCGCCGAAGCCUCGCGUCCCGUCGCGAACCAUCAGAGAUGUGCUGCCAGAAAACACCAGGGACAGAUGCCGAAUAUAUCCCUCCAUGCAGUCAUCAGGCAAACUGCAGUUGUCUGCAACAGAGGUCUAUGACUUCACAGCUGAUGACUUGCAAGACCUUGGAGAAAUAGGACGAGGUGCAUUUGGAGCUGUUAAUAAGAUGGUCCACAGAAAGACAAGUAGAGUAAUGGCAGUAAAACGCAUCCGGUCAACAGUGGAUGAAAAAGAGCAAAAACAGUUGCUUAUGGAUCUAGAAGUAGUAAUGAAAAGCAAUGAUUGUCCUUACAUUGUUGAAUUCUAUGGAGCAUUAUUUAAGGAGGGUGACUGCUGGAUUUGCAUGGAAUUAAUGGACACUUCAUUAGAUAAAUUUUAUAAAUUUAUAUGUGAAAGAAUGCAAACUCGAAUACCUGAAAAUAUUAUAGCUAAAAUAACUCUUGCUACAGUUAAGGCUUUAAAUUAUUUAAAAGAAAAACUUAAGAUAAUUCAUAGAGAUGUAAAACCAUCCAAUAUCUUGUUAGACAGACGCGGGAAUAUUAAGUUGUGUGAUUUUGGUAUAUCAGGGAAAUUAGUGGAUUCAAUAGCGCGCACGCGCGAUGCUGGAUGCAGACCUUACAUGGCUCCAGAACGGAUUGACCCAGGCCGUGCUCGAGGAUAUGAUGUGCGUUCAGAUGUGUGGUCAUUGGGCAUCACGCUAAUGGAAGUUGCCACUGGCGCUUUCCCGUAUCCUCGCUGGGGAUCCGUAUUCGAACAACUGCAACAAGUUGUGCAAGGAGAUCCACCAAGGCUCACAAACAACAACAAUGCAUUUUCUAAUAACUUCGUCAAUUUCGUCAAUACUUGCCUCAUAAAAGAAGAAACUCAGCGUCCUAAAUAUAACAGACUGUUGGAGCACCCGUUCAUAAAAGGUAUAAACCAAAGUCGUGCCGAUGUCGCAGCGUACGUGUGCGAAGUGUUAGACGCUAUGGAACGUAAUGGAGUUAGUCCGUUUACCACAGACCAGCCGGCGCAAGCCUGGGUAGAUUAGAUACACCACAAUUUAAAAAACUUCUAGAAUUUUGCGUGAAGAGUUGGUUUGCAAAAUGUUGUUCACAUUGUUACACAUAGGCAAUAUCUAUAUCUUUCAAGUGAGACAUAAUAGUGGAAGUUUGAUUCACAGAGAACUUGUUAACCCACUUAUAAUGCCACAUUGUCUAAUAUUGUAAUAUAAAUUUGCAUUUUAAUGAAUUAGGAAUUAACAAAACUUGGGAAUAUGUGAAUCCUUUAACAUGCAGCCUUUGCAGUAAGUUGUUGGACAUCUCAAUGUUUUCCCACUUACUUCCUAUUUUAUUUGUUGACACAAUUUGAGAACAGAUUGAUUAGUUUUAUGUCAUAUUUACUGCAAUAUCACUUAUUACUGAAAUAGAGAUAAUUCUAAUAUUAACUAAUAAUUUACUGUGUAAAUUCAGGUAGAAUAUGUUAUUAGGACAAGUAGGUAAAAUUUGUACAAACAAGUAGUUUGUAUCACUAAUUUUAUUCUGUAUAAUAGUACGGAUAUGUUCAGUUCUCAAAA